UGUUCAGAUAAGCGCCAACUGAUUUUUAAUUUUUAGCAGCUUAUCAUCACUUUGGUUUUUUGUCACCUCGAUCAAUCAGAUAAACCAGGGAUCAAAUCAGGGGUUAUAAGAGAGCGUGUGACACAGCAUGACUCUGAACCGAAUAGAGAAGAAGAACAGAGGGAAAAGAUGGUUCUCUUAAGAAAAGCAUGUAUGGUGGCCUGCUGCCUGGCCGUCCUCUUGAUGACCACACAGGCGAACCGCGAGGCCAAAAGCGUCUGCAACGCCAAGCUGAAGGUGACGCAUAAUUACCAGGCAGUGACCCCUGGUGUUCUGGUGGGGAACAGCAACAUUCACACCAGGUCCCUGUCUCCCUGGACAUGGAGGAUAAACUUUGAGGAGAAGAGGAUCCCCAAGACUAUCUCCGAGGCAGUCUGCAGCUCCAACUACUGCAUAGACCCCAACAGCAGGCCUGACUGGGCCCAGCAUGAAGUUAAGCUGAACUCUGUGCCUAUAGCACAGAACCAGCUGGUGCUGCACUUCAACAAGACGCUUGACUGCUACAAGGCCUCCUUCAUCUCCGUCACUGUGGGCUGCACCUGCGUCCGGGCCAGAAUGGAAUAAACAACCAAUCAAUAUGAGAAAUUAAUCAUAGUUACCUGUGUUUUUUUCUGGCAUUUGUAAUUUGACAAUGUCAUUUCUUUUUUACUUUAAGGGCUUGCAUUUCCCAUAACAAAUGGUAGCAGCUUGCCUCAUUAUUGAAACUGUAAUUAUUGUAGAUUUAAAGAAAAACUGAACAGUUUUGAAUGUAAACUUAUAGCAAGUGAUUUCACUAAACAUUAAUGGUCUGGCAUAGAUUUUAAAAGUAAAUGCCUGGGAUUCAACCAACAUUUGUCAUUAACUUUGAUGAACAAUAAAAAGCUAGAAUUAAUUUUUCUUUAGAAACACAGUUUUGUGAGUUCACCAAUUACUAAACUUCAUUUGUGACAAAAAUGUGAGAAGCUUGCACUUAUGUGUAGGAAAACGUUGAGAAAGAUUUUUUUUAACAAAGUUAAAUCCAUUGUUACUCUUGCCUUAAUAAUAAUUUGAAAAAUAUCUUUCCAUCUCAUUUUUUCUUACCAACUUUUGGAAU